AUGGCCCACCGCGCUGGGGACAGGGACUUCCAGACCUCCGCGCGGCGCAUGGGCACCUCUCUGCUCUUCCAGCUCUCCGUGCACGAAAGGGAGCUGGACCUGGUGUUUCUGGAUCACAGCUAUGCCAAGCCGUGGAGUGCCCACCCAGAUGCCAGUAGUGCCCGCCCCACCCGCAUGCUCUUCGUCACACCCCGGAGGCAGCACGAAAGUACCAUUGAAUCAGAUGUCCCUAUAGAUGUGGAGACGGUCACGUCGACUCCUGUGCCACUCUAUGACAAUCAGAAGGCACGCAGCGUGAUGAAUGAGUGUGAACGACAUGUCAUCUUCGCCAGGACUGAUGCAGAUGCCCCUCCCCCACCAGAGGACUGGGAGGAGCAUGUCAACAGGACUGGAUGGACACUGGCUCAGAACAAGUUAUUCAAUAAGAUUCUCAAAGCCUUGCAAUCUGAUCGUCUUGCCCGCUUGGCCAAUGAAGGGGCUUGCAAUGAGCCUGUGCUUCGCCGUGUGGCUGUGGACAAGUGUGCAAGGAGAGUGCGGCAGGCUCUGGCCAGUGUGAGCUGGGACACCAAGUUGAUCCAGUGGCUGCAUAGCACCCUGGUAGAGACCUUGAGCUUGCCCAUGCUGGCGGCCUACCUUGAUGCUUUGCAAACCCUUAAAGGGAAGAUCCCCACCUUGAUUGACCGGAUGCUGGUGUCCUCUAACACCAGGACUGGAGCUGCGGGAGCUGAGGCCUUAUCUCUCCUGCUGAAGAGGCCCUGGGAUCCAGCUGUGGGAGUGCUUUCUCAUAACAAACCUAGCAAGCUCCCUGGCUCUCCUCUGAUUCUCAUUGCCUCCUCUGGCCCCUCCAGCUCUGUGUUCCCCACCUCACGCCGCCACCGCUUCUGGCAGUCUCAGCUGUCCUGUUUAGGCAAGGUCAUCCCUGUGGCUACACACCUGUUGAACAACGGGAGUGGGGUAGGUGUUCUGCAGUGUCUUGAGCAUAUGAUUGGGGCCGUAAGGAACAAAGUACUGGAGAUUCAUAACCAUUUCCCGCACAAGCCCAUUAUAUUGAUCGGCUGGAAUACAGGGGCUUUGGUGGCCUGUCACGUGUCAGUUAUGGACUACGUCACUGCAGUUGUCUGCCUCGGAUUUCCUCUGCUUACUGUGGAUGGAUCCAGAGGGGAUGUGGAUGAUCCUCUCUUGGAUAUGAAGACUCCAGUCCUCUUUGUUAUUGGCCAGAAUUCCCUGCAGUGUCACCCUGAAGCCAUGGAGGACUUCCGGGAGAAGAUCCGGGCAGAGAACAGCUUGGUGGUGGUUGGGGGAGCAGAUGAUAAUCUCAGUGCCCAGAAGUCCAGUCAGAUUGGGAGCUCUCAGUUACUAAAGAGACAUGUUCAGAGGACAGAAGCUUUGCUGACCCACAAACAAGCCCAAGUUCCCAUUUCCUCAGAACCAACUGAGGAAGCAGAGAAAGAAGAUCUUAGGGUCCAGCUGAAGCAGCACCAUCCUUCCAGCCCUCUUCCUGGCAGCAAAGCCCCCAAGCGACCAAAGAUCAAGGUAUCCCUUAUCUCCCAGGGAGAUGCAGCUGGAGGGCCAUCUGCCCCUUCCCAGGGAGGAGCCUCAGAAGUCUCUGGAGGGAAGCCCAUCACCAUGACCCUGGGCCAAGCUUCAGCAGGGGCCAAGGAGCUCACGGGCCUUCUCGCCUCAGCCAAAUCAAGUACAUCUUCUGAAGGGGUCCUUUCAGCCAGCCCGGCCUCCUCAAUGGUCUCCAGCAGCACUGUACCUGGUGCCUUGCACACACUCCAGAGCCGCUUGGUGGCAACCUCGCCUGGCAGCUCCCUCCCAGGGGCCACCUCAGCCAGCAGCCUUCUCCAGGGUCUCAGCUUCAGCCUGCAGGAUAUCAACAGCAAGACCUCUGGCCUCCCAGCAAGUCCCUCCCCAGGGCCAGCCCCACAGGCCACCGGGAUGAAGUUACCCACUCCUAUGCAGAGCCUGGGCACCAUCACCACAGGCACCAGCACCAUUGUCCGCACCAUCCCUGUGGCCACCAGUCUGUCCUCAUUAGCUGCUACUCCCAGUGGGAAGCCGACAGCCAUCCACCAGCUGCUGACCAAUGGGGGCCUCGCUAAGCUGGCAAGCAGCCUUCCAGGCCUGGCUCAGAUCUCUAACCAAGCAUCAGGUUUAAAGGUUCCAACCACCAUCACACUGACGUUACGUGGCCAGCCGAGCAGAAUCACCACCUUGAGCCCCAUGGGCUCAGGAGCAGCCCUGUCAGAGGAUCCCCCCGCCCAAGUUCUGCCCUCCACCUCACAGCCCUGCAAGCCUGUCCCUAUCCUCACUCCCCACCCUAUACAUACACCACCGUUUCCUGACAACGCAAAAGGACUUAUCAUGGACUUCCACAGGUACCCUCAGCCAGACUGCACCCAGGUGUAG